UCCUCUCUUUCACAUCUCACGAGCUUUCUUCAAAGCUCCAUUAAUGGCGACUUCGAAGAACGGUGAGAGAACUCUGCGUCUCACUCCGGCGGGUGAGAGUGACGAAGACAUGUUAGAGUUCAUAGAGGACAUGACGGAGAACUGCGACGAGGUGCAGAGAAUGGUAUUGAAUGAGAUACUGAAACAGAACGGAGAAACAGAGUAUCUUCGCAGGCACGGCGUCGCCGUCUCCGGCUACGGCGGUGGCGCUGGCCUGGAGGAUUUCAAGGCGAGGGUACCAGUCGUAAAUUACGAGGAUUUGAAGCCUGAUAUCCAACGCAUAGCGAAUGGCGAUCGUUCCGCCAUUCUUUGCGGCCAUCCCAUCUCUGAGUUUCUCACGAGUUCGGGAACAUCAGACGGUGAGAGGAAACUGAUGCCAACCAUCAAAGAAGAUCUCGACCGUCGACAGCUUCUCUACAGCCUCCUCAUUCCCGUCAUGAACCAAUUUGUCCCCGGGCUCCACAACGGCAAAGCUCUGAUUUUUAUGUUCGUGAAAUCCGAAACCAGAACACCCGGCGGCCUCCUCGCCCGCCCCGUUCUCACCAGCUACUACAAAAGCCACCACUUCCAACACCGGCGUCCGGGCUCCGGCGAUCUCUCUCACACAUACACGAGCCCCAUCGCCGCUGUUCUCUGCUCCGACUCCCACCAAAGCAUGUACAUUCAGAUGCUCUGCGGCCUCCUCCACCGCCUCCAAGUCCUCCGCGCCGGCGCUGUCUUCGCUUCCGGCCUCCUCCGCGCCAUCCAUUUCCUCCAAACCCAUUGGCCUCAACUCGCCGCCGAUAUCGCCUCCGGCGAACUUUCUCCCUCCAUCACCGACCCCUCCCUCCGCUCUUCCGUCACCCAUCACCUCCGCCCCAACGCCGAUCUCGCCGCCUUCAUCUCCGAAGAAUGCUCGAAGCCCGAUUGGGCGGGAAUCAUGACCCGCAUUUGGCCCAAUACCAAAUACCUCGAAGUCGUGAUCACCGGAGCCAUGGCUCAGUACAUCCCCACCCUUCAGUAUUUCAGCGGAGGUCUUCCAAUGGCGAGCACAAUGUACGCUUCUUCAGAAUGCUAUUUCGGGCUCAAUCUGAAGCCAAUGUGCUCCCCUGCCGAAAUUUGCUAUACCAUUAUGCCCAAUUUGGGAUUUUUCGAAUUCCUCCCCAUCGACGGAGAUGAGCUCGUGGAUCUCGCCGCCGUUGAGGUCGGCAGGGAGUACGAGCUCGUCGUCACCACCUAUGCCGGAUUAUAUCGUUACCGCGUCGGAGAUGUGCUCAGCGUCACGGGGUUUUAUAACUCCGCUCCUCAGUUCAAGUUCGUGAGGAGGAAGAACGUAGUGCUGAGUAUCGAGGCGGAUAAAACUGAUGAAACGGAGUUGCAGAGAGCGGUGGAGAGAGCGGCGGCGGGGGUGGGCGUGGCGGGGUACACGUGCCGAGCGUGUACGGAUACGAUUCCCGGCCAUUAUGUAAUCUAUUGGGAGCUGCUAUGGCGGCGGAAGGGGGAGCUGGAAGGGGGAGUGAUGGAGAAAUGUUGCUUGGAGAUGGAGGAGGAGAUGAAUUCGGUUUACAGGCAGAGCCGGGUGGCGGACCGGUCGAUUGGACCGCUUGAGAUCCGGGUCGUUCGGACCGGGACUUUUGUGGAGUUGAUGGAUUAUGCGGUGGCGAGGGGAGCUUCGAUUAAUCAGUAUAAGGUCCCGCGGUGUGUUGAUGUUAAGCCGGUUUUGGAGCUUCUGGAUUCGAGGGUGGUUUGUAGCUUUUUUAGCAAGGGUUUGCCGAGAUGGAGUCCUGGCCGGUUUGAUUAG